AAAACCUGGAAAAAAAAUAAUAAUGUUGUUACCGGGUUAACCAAUUAUAUUGCAAACGUGCGUUUUGAAAUCCGAUGCAGUGCACCGUUAACGAAAUCCUUCACCUCGAAUGGAACUCUCUCGUCCUUUCUGAACCAUGCAGUUCUACCAAUGUGCAGCAGAUGGCGUCUUUUCUCUUUUCUGGGACGAUUUGUAGUGUGCAUAUUCUGUAUUGAAUUCUGUUUGUGCUUUGUAUCUGUUUAAAAAAUACUGUCUGCAAUACCGAACUCUCCUCUUUCUAAACACCAUGCCAGUAACAGUGCGUGGCGUAAUCCAGCUAGCUGUAUGACAAAAGAAUGGGAAAUGUCAACUUCCCCAUUUGACAGUAGGUUAGAUCCCCUUCUCUCUUGCAGACAGUUAAACAUUGAGCUUUGAUGCCAGUGUUUGAUUGUUUAUUUAGCCUGCUGUACAUCGCAGGUGCUGAUAAACUACUGAAAACAAGAAUGGUUUUAUGAGAAGAUAGUUUUGGUUUGAUUUGACACAUUGGAAACCAGCUCGUUUUGAACUUCAGAUUGAAGGAACUAUAUUUAAAAAAAAAAAAUGAUCACCUCUUUUGUUUUUGGGAUGGUUCUCUUUUUGCCUGUUGUUCACAACUCAAGCGUCAGGCUGGCCGAUGGGGGCAGCAGCUGCUCUGGGAGAGUCGAGGUUUAUCACGAUGGCCAGUGGGGGACAGUGUGUGAUGACCACUGGGAUGUGAGCGAUGCCCAGGUUGUGUGCAGAGAGCUGAGUUGUGGCAAUGCAGUGUCUGCUCCUUUAGAAGCACACUUUGGAGAGGGGAAUGGAACAAUCUGGCUGGAUGAGGUAGCUUGUAGUGGAAGUGAGCCAUCACUGCUUAACUGUGCAUUGCAAGAAUGGGGAAUACAUAACUGUAAACAUACAGAAGAUGCCGGGGUCCUGUGUGCAGCUUCUUUUAAGAAACCGCAGAUUGUUGUGAGUGUCCGAGGUGUCGUGAAGCUGAACUGCCUGACGACAGAAACCCUGAGCAACGUCACUUACCUCCUGGUAAAGAACAGCAAGCCGCUGGACGAGAACGGCAAUGGCACGUUUUAUAUCGGGAACAGGAACGCCUCGGAUAGCAACGGAAAUUACACGUGCAGGAUUGUCAGAGAGAAGGAGUUUUCCAGCAACAGCUCUCCUAUCUCAAUCAGGAUCACAGCUCCUCCUCCCGCUCUGUCUGUGAGCAGCUCUGUAUCUGUGAGAGGAGCGGAUGUGACAAUGCACUGCAGCCUCAGCAGCUCAUAUCAGAGCCCUGGCUGGUUUAUUCUCUACCGGGACCGCGAGGCUGUGCAGGAGCAGAGCGUACCUGGAGGACUCAACAGCUUCACCUUCAACCUCACCCGCAACACAACACACGGACAGCAGGGGGAGUACUCGUGCCGCUAUUACACACAGUCACAGACCGGAUGGGUGCUGACAGAACACUCGGCUCCUGUGACUAUCACAGAACAUUUACCAGUCGUCACAAGUUCCUGUACAUGGGUUGCUAUUGGGACUGGCUCAGCAGUAGGGCUGAUCAUUUUAGUGUGUGUAGCAGCUCUGUGUGUCUGGAAGAUCAUACAAGGAAGAAAGGAGCCAAACAGGAGUAGCCUUGACCUUUGUCCACAAAAUCAGCCUGACCACAUCUAUGAGCUGGAACCAAUGCCUGCUGUAAAAGUACCAGAUACAGAGGUGUCUCAACAGAGGAAUGAAGAUGACGUCUCUUACGCCAGUCUGAACUCGGACUUUCUGCGGCAGAACCGUGCGACUGUGAAUCAGGAAAGAGAGGACUGUGUUUAUUCUGACGUCAUAGGGGGCCACUAGGGAGUUUACACAGCGUUUGAAAUUCGGGUUGGGGGUCUGGUUUAUUAAGCGAGGACUGCAGGGGUCCACUUGUCAUCUUCAAGUGUUUAAACUGGAAACAUGGAAUUAUGAAACACAAUUAAUAAGAAUGUCAGUCUAAGUUUCAGGCAGAAAACACUCCCUGAGGAGCUGUAUGAAAAAAGUCCCCAGUCCCGUAAUCGCCUUAAAACGGGGGGCUGUUUUCUACAAAGUGAAAACACAACUCAAAUUAGUUUAAGUGGAGUUAGUGUGUUUCAAAUCAAAUCAAAUCAAGUUCCUUUGUAUAAAACGUAUUCAGUCGUGUGUUACCACCUGUCCUGCGGAUGCACAGCAGUCCGGAGAGUUGCUCUUUGAAGCUCUGUGUGGAAAUCAUCUAUGAAGUUUCAGAGCUGGAUUGCACCGCGGAGCAUCGCUGUACGAAAAAUGCAGACAAUACCACUUGCUUGUACGCACCAAACCCGGGCAUACCACACUAAAACCAUAGCUACAGUAUUCUAAAUCCCAGAGCGGUGUGGUAAAGCUUAUUUGAAAUGAAACAAACACUAUACACCGGGGUCAAUACAUAGUAUAACCAUAGGAAACAACGCAUGAGGAAAAACGACUACAUUUACCGUGGCAGUAUUUUAUAAGGGUAAUUCACACACCAUUUACAGGUGAAACAGGGUCUAUAAUACCCCUGUUUAUCUUUAAAGUAUUUAUUUGUCAUUUAUAUGUUUUGUUUUGUUUUGUUUUUUUAAUAUAAUUUUACACUUUGGUUUGAUUAAUGCACAUCUUACAUAUUAUUGACAUACUUUGCAAUGUAUCACUUUCAGUGGCUUCUCAAUUCAGUUCACUUGUAAUGCCUUAUUGAGUAGGACUAAUUGAAUUAUUGCAAACUGUCCUCUCUUUCUUUCUUUCUUUCUUUCUUUCUUUCUUUCUUUCUUUCUUUCUUUCUUUCUUCCUUUCAUUCUUUCAUUCUUUCUUUCCUGCCUGCGUCCAGUGUGCCGGUUUACAAUGAGCUUGAGUGAAUUACGCGUUUUAGCAGCUAGUCAGUAGCUAAUAGUAAAGUAAGAGAUACAGAUGUUUCUCUCUCCGAUGUUCCCUCCCCUGCACAGACAGACAUGUCCUAUGUUUUGUGUUUUUACAGUGGUCAGUGUUUGUAUUAUUAUCCUCGCUGUACGCCUGUUUAAGGAACCGUACCCUUGCUAGGACGCACUAAACACUUUCUAGAGUACAAUAUUGCAGUUUGCACAUUGGUGAUUUCAAAUGACUAUUUUGAUCAAUCUUAGUUAUUAAUGUAAAAUCUGUAGUGGAUCGCUUAGAUAUUGGAUAAUGUGCUGUCAAAUAAAAACAUUCUCAUUGGUUUCAUAUGGA